CGUUUACCUCAAACACGUGUUGUUGCUGGCUGCUGCGCCCUUGCCGUGGCCGGCGACGUUCAUUCGGCAGAAACUUCAUUCAUUACCAACAGCAGAGCUUAAGCAUACACAAACAUUAAAUUUUGUGCUCAGCAAUCCGUGCCUCGGCAGUGAAGUGUUCAACCCAGCCGCGUUCACUCUUCUGCUGUGAGCAUCGCCGAUUUCAAGUCGUCAGCAUGGCUAAAGCGAAAAGGAUCGGGGCUAAGAAAACAAGCUCCUUCAAUAAGGGAACGCACAGUUUAAACCCAGACCGACCAAAGAAAAGCAAUGACAGUACAAUGCGAGACAAGUCGACGAUCAAGCGUCUGCUCAUGUACAAGAACUCAAGACCGUACAGGGACCGCAAGGGCAAGAUAGUGAAAGCCGCACCGUACCAGUCAUGGGUGACAUCGGGCACGGUGGCCCGAGUGGCACCAAACCCGAAGUGGUUUGGCAACACACGCACCGUCAGUCAAGGGGCGCUGCAGCAGUUCCAGGAGGAGCUGGGACAGGCCAUGCGCGACCCCUACCAGGUGGUGAUGCGCCAGAGCAAGCUGCCAGUUAGCCUGCUCAACGAGAAGGCCAAGAACGCCAGAGUGCACAUCCUGGAUACGGCAAGCUACGAGACAACGUUUGGCCCCAAAGCGCAGCGUAAGAAGCCACGUCUGUCAGCUGGAGACCUGUCUGAACUGGUCCAAGCAGCUGACACCUCUCAAGCGCACCACUCAGAGACCAAGAAGGAGACACCAGAAGAUGAGCUCAAGCCUUCCGUUCGUCAAGAAAUAAUGACCAAAGGCCAGUCUAAGCGCAUCUGGAAUGAGCUGUACAAGGUGAUUGACUCGUCGGACGUGGUGAUCCAAGUGCUGGACGUGCGGGACCCGCAGGGCACGCGCAGCCCUUUUAUUGAGCGCUUCAUGCGCAAGGAGAAGCCCCACAAGCACCUGGUGUUUGUGCUCAACAAGUGCGACCUGGUGCCCACCUGGGUGACCCAGCGCUGGGUGGCCCUGCUGUCGGCCGAGUACCCCACCAUGGCAUUCCACGCUAGCAUCACGAACCCUUUCGGCAAGGGGGCCCUCAUCAACCUGCUCAGGCAGUUUUCAAAGCUGCACACAGACAAGCGGCAAAUCAGUGUGGGCUUCAUCGGCUACCCCAACGUUGGCAAGUCGUCAGUCAUCAACGCCUUGCGGUCGAAAAAGGUCUGCAAUGUGGCACCCAUUGCUGGGGAGACCAAGGUGUGGCAGUACAUCACACUGAUGCGCAAGAUCUACCUUAUUGACUGCCCUGGUGUUGUCUACCCAUCAGGUGACACAGACACGGAAAUUGUCCUGAAGGGAGUGGUCCGUGUCGAGAAUGUGGAGGACCCCCAAGACCACAUCCCAGCAGUCCUGGACCGUGUUAGGCCUGAGUACAUUGUCAAGACAUACAAGAUAGAAUCUUGGGAAAGCCCAGAGGACUUCCUCGAAAAGCUGGGCCGGCGGUCUGGCAAGCUGCUCAAGGGUGGGGAACCUGACAUCUCUACAGUGGCCAAGAUGGUUUUGAACGACUGGCAGCGGGGAAAACUACCUUAUUUUGUCAAGCCACCUGGUGGAGAGGAGUCUGCCGGAACCCAGGAGAAUGCGGAGCCCUCUGGUGACAUCGCCAUAGCUGCCAAGGUGCGCCAGGACCUGGAUGAAAUCCGUGUGGGACCACGGUUUGUGGCUGAAGACUUGCAGGCGCCAGGAGCACCUGCAAAGUCUGAAGCAAAGGAAAAGGCGCCCUCUGAAGAGGCAACUGUCAAAGUCAAGAAGUCGGCAGCAGAGGCGGGUGACGAGCAGGAUUCCAAGCAGGAGCAGGAAGCGCUCCCUGGUGGCCCUUUUGUGGAAUCUGAAUCUUCCGGGGAUAGUUGUCGAGAUGAACAGAAGGCAGAUGCCUCUGAAGGUUCGCCAGCUUCUGCAAAGUCGGAGAAUGAAGUGAAGGUUCAAAGCACUGCUGUAGAAGCAGCUGUGGGCGGUACACCUGCCGAAGUGGAGGUGCUUCCAACUGCUGAGAAUGAGGCUAAAGAAUCAAGUAACAGCCAAAGUGUUCCUAAAGAAGGAGACGCACAGACUGCCAGUGUGAAUGAGUCCAAGUUAUCACCAGGUGACACUGUAGGCAUUCCCGGCAGCCGAUCGCCGGCCAAAAAGCGGAAAAAAUCUGGUGCAGAAUCGCAGCACGUGGAACUCUGCGACCUCAUUGGUAGGAAGAUGGCUCAGAGCCCGUGGGCCAAGUUCUUGCCAACAAAGAAACCAAAAACCGAGAAUGAUUCCCCGAGUGACAAUACUCCGGCAGCCCCGGAACCCGUGACAUUUGAAGUGGAAGACUUUUCUGACGAGGAUGAAAAAGAGGAGACAGCAUCUUCCUUGGUGACCAGCAGUGGCACAUUUGUUGUGAGCUCUUUGACCAAGCGGAGAAAAACUGUACAAGAGGACGAUAAUGCACCUGCUAGACGGCUUACAGGCAGAGAGAAGAGGAGAAAAAUGGAGGCUAAGAAGGUACGGAAGGUGGGCCACCACUUCUACGACUACGCCAAUGUGAAGAACAGGGACAGGACCAAGGCACGCAAGAACCGAGAAAACCAGAAGCUUCUCUCUCGGAGAAAAAUAAAGGCAGUGUGAUAAUUGUGCA